CUAAAGUAUAUUACUUUUUUCCCUGUAUAUGAUAAAAUGUACGUAUAGAUCAUAUUACUCACUUUUCUUUUCUUUUCUGUAAUGUUUCCAAAACACACAGGACAAGAUCAGCGGUACUUAACAGAGAGGGCAUGGCGGGCAGGCCAUGUGGAUGAUAAUGUCGUGUAUGAAGCAGAAUUUGUGGUUCCACCUGAUUAUGGAGAAGUUGGUGCGGUUUAUGUUACCAAUGAACACAGUAAGGAGAUGUUCAUCAAGGAAAUAGUCCUUGAUGGUUCCUCUCAUGACAAAGUUUUAUUGACAUGUCAGUCAUGGGUUGAAUAUGAGCAGGAAAGACUCUUCUUUACCAACAAGUCAACGUACAUGCCCAACAAGACACCAAGUGGAUUGAGAAGGUUGAGACAGGAGGAGCUUGUGAAUCUGCGAGGCGACGGCCAAGGAGAGCGCAAAAAAGGUGAAAGAAUAUAUGACUACGACGUGUACAAUGACCUUGGAGAUCCUGAUAAGAGUCCUGAUUUAAAAAGACCAGUGCUAGGCGGCGAAGAACAUCCUUAUCCUAGACGUUGCCGAACAGGGCGGCCACGGACCAAGAAUUAUCCAUCUAUGGAGACAAGGAGCAAGUACAUAUAUGUUCCCCGAGAUGAAGAAUUCUCUGACACAAAGCAGAAAUCACUUGAAAAGAGGAGAAAAUUGGAAAUACUACGUUCAAUAAUACCAGGACUACAAGCUGCUUUCAAUAAUAAGGCUAAAUUCCCAUACUUCACAGCCAUAGAUGUACUCUUCAAUGAAGGAAUCAACUUGCCUUCCGCUCCGCUAGAAGAGAUCAGUUCCUUGCCCGCGUUUAUAAAGCAGCUUUUUAGUCCAGUUAUAUACGAGUUGCGAUUUGAUACUCCUCAAGUAAUGGAGAGUGACAGAUUUUCUUGGCUAAGGGAUGAGGAAUUCGCUCGGGAGACUCUUGCUGGUCUAAAUCCAUCUAGCAUACAAUUGGUCACGGUACAGGAAUGGCCUCUGAGAAGUAAACUUGAUCCUGACAUCUACGGUCCAACGGAGUCAGCAAUCACAGAUGAAAUAAUCAAGGACGAAAUCAAAGAUUUUAUGACAGUUGACAAGGCUCUAGAACAAAAGAAACUGUUCAUCCUUGAUUAUCACGAUAUACUUCUACCUUUUGUGAGACAAGUACGAGAGCUUGAAAAUACAACUCUAUAUGGUUCGCGGACAUUGUUUUUCCUAACCCCACACGGAACACUGAAGCCGCUAGCCAUUGAGCUCACUCGUCCACCGAUGGAUGGAAAGCCACAGUGGAAGCAAGUGUUUACACCAUCCUGGAAUUCCACAGAUAUCUGGCUUUGGAGACUUGCCAAAGCUCAUGUCCUUGCACAUGAUUCUGGCUAUCACCAACUUAUUACUCACUGGCUACGAACUCAUUGUGCCACAGAGCCAUACGUAAUUGCAACCAAUCGACAACUUAGUGUCAUGCAUCCAAUCUAUAGGCUCCUGCACCCUCACUUUCGAUACACAAUGGAGAUUAAUGCUACAGCUAGAAACACGCUAAUCAAUGCUGCCGGGACAAUUGAGUCGACAUUUGCACCUGGAAAGUAUUGUAUGGAGCUAAGCUCUGUUAUUUACGAUAAGCAGUGGAGGUUUGACCAUCAGGGACUGCCUAAGGAUCUAAUUAGCAGAGGAAUGGCCAUUGAAGAUCCAUCUUCUCCGCAUGGUCUGAAGCUAGCAGUAGAAGAUUACCCUUAUGCCAAUGAUGGUCUUGAGUUAUGGGACAUCAUCAAAAAAUGGGUCAGCGACUAUGUCAAUCACUACUAUCCAGAGGCAAGUCUCAUCGAGUCCGAUUCUGAGCUCCUAGCAUGGUGGGAAGAAGUACGUACUGUAGGCCAUGGUGACAAAAAGGACGAACCAUGGUGGCCUAAGCUAAAAACACCGCAGGACCUUAUUGAAAUUAUCACAACUAUUAUAUGGAUAGUCUCAGGUCACCAUGCUGCUGUGAACUUUGGACAAUAUGCAUAUGCGGGGUAUUUCCCAAAUAGGCCUACAAUUACUAGAAAAAAUAUGCCAACUGAAGAUCCAAAUGAUAAGGAAUGGCAUUCUUUCUUGGAAAAACCUGAAGAAACGCUUAUGGAUACCUUCCCAUCACAACUUCAGGCUGUAAAAGUGAUUGCUACUUUGAAUGUUUUAUCUGAACACUCUCCUGAUGAGGAGUAUCUAGGAGGUAAAAUAGAGCCAGUUUGGGCUGAGGAUCCUGAUAUAAAGCAUUAUUUUGACGAAUUUAAUGAGAGUUUGAACAAGCUGGGAGAGAAUAUAGAUGGAAGGAAUGCUGACAAGAAUUUGUUCAACCGAAAUGGAGCUGGUGUUAUGCCUUAUGAGCUGUUGAAGCCGUCCUCCGGGCCUGGGAUUACUGGGGAAGGAGUUCCCUGUAGUAUCUCCAUUUAAACAACUUAA